AUGCAGCAGCUGACCUCUACAUGUCUCUUUGUAGCCUCCUAUCUCAUCUUGAUCUGUGCUAACUGCUUUCAAGGGUCCCUUGGCCAAGUGGAGACCCACGAUUACCAAUUCCUGAGGGCGCGAGCCGAAGCUGCCAAACUUCUAUAUGAAUUUGCUGGGGAAAACCAUGUAGAAAUGUUUCUGAUGGAUUACACAGCUUCGGCUGUACCGGCAGUGGCUAUAGGGAAGACACGAUCUGACUGUUCUGCUUUGAUGGAAGCGGGAGCUCACACUCCUACUAGCUCUGACUUGAGUCCUUCUCUUCAUCCGCAGACAGUGAAAGUACCUCCAGUGAUUACGCUGGACCCACAUGGUCGCCCAUCCCCUCCUUGUCCCAAGUCUAUUCUUAGCAAGACGCCGUAUUACGGAAGCAAGGGGGCACAAAAAGAGGCAUUACCUCCUACUGUCACUCUGAAAGACGUGAAGCAAACGGCGGACCUUACGAACCUCGGGCUAGACGUAAACUAUAGCAAAGCAGCGUAUGAUUCUCUGCAAGUAUGCAACAACUUCUACUUUUCCAGUAGUGGAAUUACCCGUAAUUCGUCGGACCCCGUGUGCAUUGUUUGUCAGCUGGACGAGUCCUCAUCCAAUAUACAAGGCCUGGACAUCGAAAGCCUUCGAGAAAUACACCCACGACUAAGAUUUGCUCUUGUCUUAGCCGCUAAUCUUGCAUUUACUGCAAAGAAGAAGCAAUGGAUCAUGAAACUCAUAUCCUCUAGAAGCUUGCGCUUGGUCUGGCACUUGGUCGAGAGAUUUUCGGAAAUGCACAUCAGCAUGCUGGAUGCCAAUGUCGGCGAAGCGAUAAACCACAUUGUAUUGAGCGAGCUGCGGCUGCUACAACCCGUAAAGGACCUUAUUCAAUUCGCUACUACAUGCAUUACGCAUGAGGACUACCCCGAGAAGUCUUGGCAGGAUCCGCACCGUUACCCUAGCCCAGAUAGCCCAGAGUACAAAACAUACCCCAUUUAUGACUAUCUGCGACGCGUGGGGGCUGAAGUGUCAUUUCCCAAAGAAAUCCCAGAGAACUGGCAACCUCGCAUAUACGACGGAAACAGAACCACGCGGCGUACCGCUGGAAAACGCGAUACAUUCAAUUUUCGCGGUAAUUGGAAGAAGGAAGUGUACAAUUCAUGGCACAAUCUUUGGGCCUUGCAGCUAAUGAUGUACGAUACUGGAUAUAUGUGGCAAUGGAGCCAAAAUAUGAACGCUAACACCUUCUUUUUUAAGCCUUGGAGGGUCACGCGCGUGGCCACCAUGACAACAGCCGAAGCAGCGCCUCUGCGGUACGACAACCUCACCCCUAGAUUUCAUGUGGAUCCCUCAGCGGUUCCAACAGCACAGGAAUAUGCAACCUGCCCCCAACAUCUGACAGACCUAGAGUUUUUUGACAAGGUGAAAGCUCCCAAGGGGCGCCUUACGGCGCAAUGGGGGAGAAUGGGGAUGUGGGACCCUACUGGCUUCUUGGAGAAAAAAGAGCCUCAAUGCCCCGUCAGCUCAACUGUUGUGCAGUGCCCUCCUCUGGUUAACCCAGAUACGUGUGGCUCUGAUGCAACAUACCUUCGGCCUGUAGAAACACCCUGGCUUUUCCGGCUCGAGAGAGACUCUAAUUGGGUCAGCUGGGAAACUGAGGAGACGCAGAGCGACUACGUGGACAGGAUUUGGUCUGCUAGAGGCACAGCGUUGCCAAAGCUCUGGCUUCUCAACACGAUGUGGGAAACUGUUGUGGAUCCGGAGUUAUCUCCCUCCAAGCAAGCUAGGAUCCACUCCGGCUUUUUGUUUCUGUUCAAGCGGGCAGCUAAGAAGAUAAUAGAUGAAGACAUUGAGGAAGUUACAGAAAAAAUCAACGCAACAGGAAGGCGACAGGUCGUCCUUUUCACCGGCCACUCUUUGGGCUCAGCUGUCGCCCAGAUCACUGCUUGGUACUACGCCGUCAAGGCGCGUGCACUGGUGCAAAGCCGCCUAUUGCAAAUCAGAUGUGUUACGUUCGGCUCGCCCGCGUGGGGAAACGAAACUGCUUACGAAGAAUUCGUGGCAUCGGGAGUACUUGCACACGAUAUUGCAACCAGCGUCGACCCUGUGACCACACUAAACGGCGAACCAGGACUCGGUCAUGGACUUCAGUGGAGAAAACCAUACCACUACAGAAUAAUGCUUGAAGAUAUGAAAAAGGUUGUAGUCGCAUCAGCGAACCCCGUGGAUCCUGAUUUUUCGGGACAGUUGUGGAUUCGGAAGGAGUUUCAUCCAGGAAAUUUCCUGAAGCGCACUUUCGGUGCUUUGGUCAACAUGAAUGAUGUGGACUCUGUUUUCUUGAAUCCGAUGCUUACUCACUUUCUCUCCUACACCGCAACUCUCACCAUUAUGGCAGACUUGGUGCCGGAGGCAGACUAUGGCUCGGGUCUUGCUGCUCCCCUAAUCACUGAACACCUUAUCAAGUACUCAGCUCAUAUGGUUAAUUCCGCGCUCAUCGCAGCUGGCCCAAGGAUGAAUUUGGUACUGCGACUUAUAGCGCUCGAAGCAGGCACGGUCUCUAGGCAAGCUGGCGAGGCAGCCUAA